ACCCGCCGGGCCUCCCCGGCCGCGGGGAGGCUGCUGGCACCAAGGCGGGCCGAGGGCUGCUCCAACGCCCACCUUCACGGCGGCGCCGGCGGGCCCCCAGGGGGUCCCGGCGGCGGCAGCGGUGGGGGUAGCAGCGGCGCUGGCGGCGGCGGUAGCAGCAGCAGCAGCAGCAGCAAGAAAUCCAAAGAGCAAAAGGCGCUGCGGCUCAACAUCAACGCCCGAGAGCGCCGGCGGAUGCACGACCUGAACGACGCGCUGGAUGAGCUGCGCGCGGUGAUCCCCUACGCGCACAGCCCCUCGGUGCGCAAGCUCUCCAAGAUCGCCACGCUGCUGCUCGCCAAGAACUACAUCCUCAUGCAGGCACAGGCCCUGGAGGAGAUGCGGCGCCUGGUCGCCUACCUCAACCAGGGCCAGGCCAUCUCGGCCGCCUCGCUCCCCAGCUCCGCGGCGGCGGCGGCGGCGGCCGCUGCCCUGCACCCGGCGCUGGGCGCCUACGAGCAGGCUGCGGGCUACCCGUUCAGCGCCGGGCUGCCCCCGGCGGCCUCUUGCCCGGAGAAGUGCGCCCUGUUCAACAGCGUCUCCUCCAGCCUCUGCAAACAGUGCACGGAGAAGCCUUAAACACCCCCCUGAGAAACAUAAGACCGACCCAAAAGCUAGAGGAAAGGGAAACGCUGCCCCCACCCCCUUUAUUUUGGUCCUCUGGUAGUUGUGAAACAUUUGCAGAGCAAACAAAGCAGAGGCGAGAACUGAGGAGACGUAUCAGAGACACACGGGACUUGAGCCUUGACAUCCCCAGAAUCUCGGUCUUCGGAGUGGGAGGGAGGGAGGAAGGAAGGAGGUGGAGUUGAGCUGAAGUAUGGAUGUCUUUUUUCUCAGAAAAGUGGCAACUUUGGUGGCAGCCUAGAACGCCAGGAAGCAGUUUUCCUUUAAGGUUAAAAAUAAGUUUGAAAAGUAGUCGCUUGGGUAUAAAGUGUGGAGAAUAUUGAUACUAAUCUUACUAAUAAUUGUGAGUUUGGCUAGUGCUGAGGGGGAGAGGAGUCUGGGGUUGGGUGGCCUGUAGGACGGAAUAUUCAUUCAGACAAAUCAGAAAGGGCACUUGAAAAUAAAUUUUGAUUCUGAGCCAGGAGAAAAACAUGGAAGGUAGAUUUAUUUAAGUGAAAAGAAAAAAGGGAGAGACACGUUGCUAUGAAAGACUUUGUAUUUUUUAUUGUCUCUGAACUGUGAAAACGCUCAAAAGUUUUUGGCAAGAGUGAUAUAAAAAAAAACUGUGGCUGAAAGAAUUGCAUUUAAAAAUAUUUAUGUGCACCUUGUUACUUUCCACUCUGCAAUGAUGUAUUAACCAUUCAUGGUAUUUAUUUGUUACUCUUCAAUGACCCACAUCAACAGUAUUUAUCAUGUGUAAGGUCAUGGGUCUUAUGUGCAGAUUUUUUUAAUGCCUCUAAAAUUCUGUUUUAUAGAUUAACUUAUACUGUGUGCCAAGUGUUUAAAAGGUUUAUUUGCCAACAAGUAUGAAGAGACCUAUUGAUGUAUCUGAGCCGCUUAGGUUUAUCAAAGGUCACCUGGAUUUUUUCAGUUGCAUCAUCCCUGUAUUUAAAUUGAGCUUUAAUAAAUUGCUUCAGUCCAAAAAUUACAGGAAAGGUGUAUUCUUAAUUGAUGAAUGAAUUGAUCUCUUUUUUUGAAAGGGGACUCCUUUGCAUUCUUAAAGGGAAAAACAUCACAGCAAUAGAACCUAUAAGUAAGACCAUGCUAAGCAAAUAUUUUUCCAGGCUGUGCUGUGCAUUUUUAAAAGCUCUAAUUUAAUUGCUUUUAAUAUAUAUGUACAUAUAUAAGUUAUUUUAAUUGUGGAGAAUUAUUUAAGUUAAAAGACUGGUUUGAUUUGCCUAUGGUGUGAAAUCCUUUGUUAUUUUUCUAAGAAAAAAAUAAAAUAAAAUUUAAAAACAAAGCUAAGGAAGAGCAAGAAGCUAUUUACCCAAAGUGAGCUUUCGGUUUUAGUUUGCAUGGCUGUUUGCCUGCCUUUCUAUCCUACAAAAAUCAAGAAAUCCUUUUUUUUUUAAAAAAAAUGGAGUCCUGCUAUUUUCCACUCCUUGCAGAUAAUACAAGUUUAGUUUGUCAGGUUAUGGCGAGCUGGGAGCUGUGAUGGAUCUAUUGGUGGGUUUGGGAUGUAUAAAGAAUGAUAUAUAUUCAAUAGGUCAAUCAGACUAUGACAGCUAUGUAUAACCAUUUGUAUGUGUAUCUAUGUCAGAAAGAAUCUUUAUUAAAAUAUUUUGAUCAAACA